AUGCAGGCCAUGGAGCCGGCCGCGGCGGAUUUUUACGAGGAAGACGGCAAGGACCUCGACUUCUACGACUUCGAGCCGCUCCCCACUCUGCCCGAGGACGAGGAGAACGUGUCCCUGGCCGACAUCCUCUCCCUGCGGGACGGCGGCCUCAGCGAGCAGGAGGCCUGGGCCGUGUGCCUGGAGUGCAGCCUGUCCAUGCGGAGCGUCGCCCACUCAGCCCUCUUCCGGACGCUCUGCAUCUCGCCCGACACCCUGGCCUUCAACACCAGCGGCAACGUGUGCUUCAUGGAGCAGCUCAGCGACGACCCCGAGGGUGCCUUUGUCCCCCCGGAGUUUGACGUGACCGGGAACACCUUUGAGGCGCACAUCUACUCCCUGGGGGCCACGCUGAAGGCCGCCCUCGAGUACGUGGCGGAGCCGGAGCCCAGGCUGAGCCAUGACCUGGAGGCACUGCUGGACCAGAUGCAGGCGGAGGACCCUAGGGACCGGCCGGACCUCGAGAGCGUCAUCGCGCUGUGCGAGGAGAAGAUGCAGCUGGCCUCCUCCUGCCGCCUGUGCCGCAGCCUCUCGGCCGCCGGGAGGAGGGUGCUCUCCAUCGAGUCCUUCGGGGCGUUCCAAGAGGUCAGCGAGAGUGCCUGGAGGGGGAGACCGGCUCCCAGGGGCCCAGGGCCCAGGAGGCAGCCGGGGGAGCUCAGCCCUGGCCCGGAGGCCCUGCUCACCCCCCAGGGCCGGCCGCAGACCCCGGCCUGCGACCCCCGGGCCCUGCCCUGCAAGCGCCCACUGUCGCCGCCCGUGAGAAACGGAGAGAGCCACCGCCGGGAGGGGCUGGCCAGCCUCAUCCUGGAGGCCCAGCGCCCCGCAGAGAGGGGCCGCCUGCGGAAGGUGCAGACGGUCCCCCGGCUGCUGCCCGACGGCCCCGAGGUCAGCGCCCUCGGCCUGCCGCUGACCGGCCUGAAAAACCAGCUGCCCGCGUCUGACUUCUUCCCGCCGGACCUCAGGAAGGCCGUCCCUGAAGGGAAAAACAGCCUUGCCGGCUUCAAGGCCCAGCCCAAGACCAGGCUGCAGCCGGGGCAGGAGCCCGAACCCCAGCAGGAAGGGGCUCGAGGGGCGGGUCCCAGUGGGGACGGGGAGACCGAGGCGCCCGGCCAGGGCCCCGUGACGCAGCGCCGCCCGCCCCACGCUGAGGACACCGAGGAUGCAGGCCGGGCCCCGGGGGCCGACGGGAAGGCUGCAGAAAGAGCCGGGGAGCCGGGAGGCGCGGCCGCCGAGCAGGGCGUCUCCCUGCAGGACCUGCUGUCCAAGCUGGGCCGGCCCUUCAAGGAGUACGAGCUCUGGGCCCUGGCCCACGCCUGCCUCAGCGCCCUGCGCGCCCCCCGCCAGCACCCAGCCUGCCUGUGUCCGGACUCCGUGCUGGUGGCCGAGGACGGGGCUGUGCUCUUCGGGGCCCCCGCUGCCGACGGCACAUCCAACUCCUUCUUCCUGGCCCCUGAGGUUGCAGAGCAGAAGCUGGUGACUGAAAAGGCCUCGGUGUACUGUGUGGCCGCAGUGCUGUGGACAGCGGCCAAGUUCAGUGUCCCCCGCGACCACAAGCUGGCCCUGCCACGCAGGCUCAAGACCCUCCUGCUGGAAAUGGCCAGGCGCAGCGCCCAGGAGCGGCCGUCGGUGGCCGAGGCCAUCAAGGUGUGUGGCAGUUACCUCCUUCAGCGAGGAAUGGACAGCAGGAAGAUUCUAGCCCACCUGAGGGCGUCGACCUGCAAGGUCGACCAGGAGGAGGAGACCAUCAGCCUCCAAAACGCAUUUCCGGCGCUGGAACUGACCCCCGGCACAGCGCCCAACCCCAGGCCCAGCUCAGGCGCCGUGCAGGUUGGCAGCGACGCCAGACUCACGGCCGUGCAGGGGCCUGUGCCCGCCCUGCCCGCCGGCCGCGAGGGGCCCGUGGAGCUGCCCGUGGCUUUCGCCUCCCCAGCCACGCCCUUCAGGCCCAUCGUCCUCGCGCCAGGAGCCGGUGUGGCCAGGGACGCGCCUGCCGGGUCCUCAGGGCCGGCAGAGGGGCCAGAGCCGACGAAAGGCAGGCGAGAUGUGGACGGGGACGUGGACGGGAAGAAGGCUCCUGAGGGCCAGGCCGUGGCCACCAGCUUGGAGACGCCUGACCAGCUGGCGCCUGGUCCCGGGUCAGGGGGCCCAGCCCCAGGACCCUCCGGAGCAUUGGUGCCAAGGGGGUUGGCCUCGGGGGGCGCCUGCCCCCCAGCUCCUGCCUCAUCAGUGAUGCCCCCAUCCUCUGCCCCAGCCCCACCCCCAAAGGCGCAGGAGCCGGUCGCACCUGGACAAUCUUCCAGUGGCCUCGGGCCCCGCACCCCAGGGCCCGCCGCAGCCCCCCAGGGCCCGCUCCCCCCAGCCAAGCCACCCAGGAGCAGGGCCGCCAAGGGCCCCAGCCAGGAGCCCCAGGGCCCCCCGUCCAUCCCCCUCAGCCCCUCCCGGGCCGACAUGAGUCCAGGCGGCCCCAGGGGCGCCCCAGACAGUCUCCCCGAGCGACCCCGGCCGGCAGACCGCAAGCUGCGUCCACCAGGGGCGGACGCCUCGCCCGCCCCGAAGAGCGUGGCCUGCCCAUCCCUGCAGGAGGCCACGCGCCUCAUCCAGGAGGAGUUCGCCUUCGAUGGCUACCUGGGCAACGGGCUGGAGGCGCUGAUCAUGGGGGAGUACAUCCACGCCCUGAGGGACCUCACCUACGCCACCUUCUGCGGGGCUGUCGCCGAGAAGUUCUGUGACCUCUACUGGGGGGAGAGGCUGCUGCAGAGUCUUUUCCAAGUGGUGAACGGGCCGGCGCCGCCCCCCAAGGGCGCUUCGGAGGAGGCAGCAUCACAGCCCGAGGCCAGCGGCCGGGCCGGCACACCCAGCGGCUGCUCGCCCUCCAGCCACCGGCCCGCGCUGCAGGAAGCAGGGGAGGACACGCCGGCCACUCGCGGCAGCAGGCCCCUGUGCCCGCCCCCCUCGCUGUCCGAGGUUGACUCAGACGAGCUGUCCCGAGGGAACUUGGAGGUGGGAUUCCGGCCUCAGACGUCAGUGAAAGCCGAGAGGGAGCACCUGCCCGAGGCCGGAGAGGACCGGCGGCCGGUGGUGGGCGCAGAGCCGGCCAGAGGGGCCUCGGACGUGGAGGCCAUGGCGCGGCUGGCCGGGCCCGAGAAGGGGGGCCCGGCUAUGAGCCCAGGCCCGGCCGAGUUCCAGAGCUGCAGCCCCGGCUGGAGCAGCGCCUUCUACGAGGCCGACUGCUUCGGCACCGACAUCCACAACUACGUGAGGGAGCUGGGCGGGCGGAAGGCCGGCGGGGCCCCCGACGCCUCCAGUCUGGAGCUCGAGCAGCAGCUCAUGAUGGAGCAGAGGACCUACCGGAAGACCCUCAAGUUCUACCAGAAGCUCUUACAGAAGGAGAAGCGGAGUAAAGGCUCCGAGGUGAGGAUGAUGCUGUCCAAACUGAAGGGGCAGCUGGAGGAAACGACAUCCAAGGUGCAGUUCCUCGGGCUGGUCAAGAAGUACCUCCAGGUCCUGCACGCGGAGCAGUGGGGCCUGGAGCCCUGCGCCCUGCCCCUGCUGGUGAACGUGGCCGCGGCCCACUGCGGUGCGCCCGACUUCAGCCCCCUGGACGAGUCCUCCUCCCUCAUCUUCUACAACGUCAGCAAGCACCCGCGCGGCGGCAGGCAGCGCAAGGCCCGCGUCCUGCAGGCAGGCACCCCGCUGGGGCUCAUGGCCUACCUCUACUCCAGGGACGCCUUCCUGGAGGGCUACGUGCAGCAGUUCCUGUACACCUUCCGCUACUUCUGCACGCCCCAGGACUUCCUGCACUUCCUCCUCGACCGCAUCAGCAGCACCCUGGGCAGGGCCCAGCAGGACCCCACCUCGACCUUCACCAAGAUCUACAGGCGCAGCCUCUGCCUGCUGCAGGCCUGGGUGGAAGACUGCCACGCCGUGGACUUCUCCGGCAACGCCGGGCUGCGGGCAGGGCUGGCGGACUUCGUCUCCUCCAAGAUCCUGCCCCUGGACGGCUCCGCGGAACGCCUGCUGGGCCUCCUGGAGGCGGGCGCCGACCGGCGGGCCGAGGGCGGCCCCCGCGGCCCCGACACGGAGGACCCCAGGCCGGCCGAGGAGGACGCCGGGCCCCUCAACGCCCUCUGCAAGAGGCUCUCGGAAGACGGCAUCGCCCGCAAGAGCUUCCCCUGGAGGCUGUCCCGAGGCAACGGGCUGGCACUGCCCCACCACAAGCAGCGCCAGUACAGCAUCGCGUCCGCCCUGCCCAAGCCCUGCUUCCUCGAGGACCGCUGCAGCCCCUACGCCAAGGCCAGCGAGAAGGGGCCCUACUUCCUGACCGAGUACAGCACCCACCAGCUCUUCGCCCAGCUGACGCUGCUGCAGCAGGACUUGUUUCAAAGGUGCCAUCCCGUCCACUUCUUAAACUCGCGGGCCCUGGGCGUCAUGGACAGGAGUGCGGCCAUCCCCAAAGCCAGCUCCUCCGAGUCUCUGUCGGCCAAAACCUGCAGCUUGUUCCUGCCCGACUACAUCCAGGACAGGUACCUGCUGCAGCUCCUACGCAGCGCAGAUGACGUCAGCACCUGGGUGGCUGCGGAGAUCGUCACCAGCCACAGCGCCAAGUUGCAGGUGAACCUGCUGUCCAAGUUCCUGCUGAUCGCGAAGCUGUGCUACGAGCAGAGGAACUUUGCGACGGCCAUGCAGAUCCUGGACGGCCUGGAGCACCCCGCCGUGCGGCAGUCCCCGGCCUGGAGGAUCUUACCCGCAAAGAUUGCCGAGGUCAUGGAGGAGCUGAAAGCUGUGGAGGUGUUCCUGAAGAGCGACAGCCUGUGCCUGAUGGAGGGGCGCCGCUUCCGGGCCCAGCCCACCCUGCCUGCGGCCCGGCUGCUGGCCAUGCACAUCCAGCAGCUGGAGACCGGGGGCUUCACCAUGACCAACGGGGCGCACAGGUGGAACAAGCUCAGGAACAUCGCCAAGGUGGCGAGCCAGGUGCACGCCUUCCAGGAGAACCCCUACACCUUCGCCCCUGACGCCAAGCUGCAGUCCUGCCUGAGGCAGAGGAUGGCGAGGUUCAGCGGUGCCGACGUGGCCCUCUUGGCUGCUGAUAGCAGGCCCGGCAGCCGCCAGGCUGCCAGCGAGAAGCAUUCUCGGAAGAUCCAGGACAAGUUACGGAGAAUGAAAGCCACGCUCCAGUGA